AACCUCCAUGCCUCUCUCACUAGCUAGACAGUCUUCACAGACAGGUAGCUUAGCUCUUCAACUCCACCGUACCCUCUCCUUAUUCCAUAUGCCUCCAUUACACAUCUUCUUCUCCUUCUCACUCUUCUUCCUCUUUCCUCAAAUAGCGAGGGCAGCUUCGGCCGACUGCUCCAUAUCAAGCUGCCCUAACGGCCCACCGGUCCGAUUCCCUUUCCGGCUCAGACGCAAGCAGCGCCUUUUUUGUGGCUAUCGAGGGUUCGACCUCUCAUGCAACAACCAGACCCUACUCACCACGCUCACCCUCCCCGGCUCCGGAGCCUUCCUCGUCCAGCGCAUCGAUUACAAGUCUCAAAAGCUGUGGAUCAACGACCCCAACUCCUGCCUCCCCAAAAGGCUCCUAUCCCACCCCUUCAGCUUCUACGACACUCCUUUCAGUGUCGUUGGCGGUUCCAAGAACUACACCUUCCUCAACUGCUCGUCGUCUCAGACGACGUCAACGUUACCGGCCACCGCCGAGUAUUUCUUGCCUCAGCGGUGGGGGUACAUGGUCUAUGCUGUUCCCUCGAGUGCAUACUAUGCUUCUGCACCGGCAGCGGCACCGUCAUCUUCGGCGUCACCGGAACUAUGUUCGGUGAUUUCGACUGCUUUGGUUCCGAGAGAAGUGACGUAUGAGUGGGAAGUAAAUAUGGCUGGGGAGGUUACCCGCGGCGGUGUUGCCGUGACGUGGUCGCAACCGGAUUGUAGUGAUUGUGAAGCCAGGGGUAAAAAUUGUGGGUUCGACACAGAUACAGGGCAGAUCAUGUGCUAUGACCGCAAGAAAAGCCAUGUUCUCCCAAGAGGUGCAAAAUACGGCAUAAUCAUAGGUGUGGGAAUACCAGGGCUCUUAUUCAUCAUUGCUAUCGCAAAUUACAUCUACAGCAGGUUUUUUGGUCGCCGCCACCAGCCAAGCACAGAUGACCUCUCCACCUCCACUGCUCUGCAAUCCACCAACAUCGUGGUGGGCCUUGACGCCCCAACCAUUGAGUCAUACCCCAAGACUUUGCUGGGGGAGAGUCGGAGAUUGCCCAGGGCCAACGACAACACAUGCUCAAUUUGUCUGGGCGAGUACCAACCCAAAGAAGCACUGAGGACCAUACCGGAAUGCAACCACUACUUCCAUGCUAAUUGCAUAGACGAAUGGCUCAAACUGAAUGCCACGUGCCCAGUAUGCCGGAAGUCACCGGAGGGGUCAUCUCAUAUCACCCCUUCUUCUUCAGUGUCCUCAUCAACAUCGUCUUCUUUAGCCUCAGUAGUGCAAUAGACUUUCUAUGUCUUUUGGUUUCUUAUUUGUUUGUAUGCCUUAUUUUUUGGCCAUUGUUUAUAAUCAAGGUAUGCUUGUUUUUUUUUU